CUCUAUGAUCAAACUCAGACUGCAUUUCAAAAGAUCGUUCUUUGUAAAAAGGUUUGAUUUUAAGGGGUCAAAAUGGAUUUUACAAUGCAGAGACGUCUGUUGCUUCUAGUUAGACAAAUUGCCAUGUGUGAGUGGCAAUCAAGAUUAUCACACUCAGUUUCUUCACAGCGUCUGAUUUCCACACUACAUCUAAAAUGUCCCAAUAUCUCGCAGCAUUCAUGGAAGCCGAUGCCAUACUUGCCAUCACUCAACCGACUGCAUCUGCAGAAAGGCCCCAAUGUUAAAGCCCUGUCUACUUAUUCAAGCAUAAACGCGACUCAGUCUGGCUCUAACUGGAAUCAACCGAUUCGGUACUAUGCCAAAGGAACGUCACAGACAAAGUUACAGCUCCGAAACGAAAGAUUGGCCGAGCAGAGAAAGCGAAGGAAAGACAGAAAAAUUGUUGAAAUCAAGGAGAAGAUGUCCAUUCUUGAACUAGCUGUCGCGAUGGAUACUGAUAUAGAUAAUGUUUAUGAGUGUCUGCUAUUAAAAACGAGCAUUGAUGAUCUGGUCCCAACAAAAGUUUUAAAUCUGGAGACAAUUAAAGUGAUAUUGAAACUACUAGAUAUGAGUUAUCGCUUCGCAUCUCUACAUAAGAAUAGCACCAAAGAGAGCAAGGAUGCGUUCAGGAGAUUGCCUGCAGACCCCUCCCAGUUGAAGCCACGCCCUCCUGUUGUCACGGUCAUGGGUCAUGUAGAUCAUGGGAAGACGACAUUGUUAGAUUCGCUGCGCAAGACGUCGGUGGCUGCCGGGGAGGCUGGGGGAAUUACUCAACAUAUUGGAGCUUUCCUGGUCCCUCUUCCAAGCGGUCAACAGAUCACCUUCUUGGACACUCCUGGUCAUGCAGCCUUCUCCUCGAUGCGAGAGAGGGGAGCUAACGUAACUGAUAUCGUCGUUUUGGUCGUAGCUGCUGAUGAUGGAGUCAUGGAACAGACCAAGGAAUCUAUUAGAUACGCUCAGAAUGCUGGAGUUCCAAUAAUUGUGGCAAUCAACAAGUGUGACAAACCAGAUGCCGAUUCAGAUUUCACAAAGAGGGAUUUGUUGGGCAACAACAUUCAGCUGGAAGAAUUCGGUGGGGAUGUGCAAUCUGUGGAAGUAUCGGCCCUGAAGGGAACCAAUUUGGAUGCUUUGAGUGAAAGCAUUGUUGCCUUAGCAGAGGUGCUGGAGGUUGGUGGAGAUCCAGACGGACUUGUUGAAGCAACGGUGGUGGAAUCACGGGUUGACAAAGGAAAAGGUCCAAUAGCUACAGCAAUCAUCCAGCGGGGCACACUGAAGAGAGGGAAUAUCCUGGUGAGUGGGACCGCCCAGUGCAAGGUGCGGGCCAUGUUCAAUGAGUUAGGGCAGCAGGUGCAGAGUGCAGGGCCAGGUAUUCCGGUAGAGCUGAUUGGAUGGAGGAAGCUGCCCAGUGCAGGGGAUGUCAUAUUGCAAGUGGAAUCAGAGAAAAGAGCCAAGGAGGUCAUAAGAUGGCGGGAGGAAGUGUCGGAUUCCAAGAAACUAGAUGAUGAGGCAGUUAUUAUCCACGAGAAGGCUGCCGAGCAUCACCGAGCUUACAAGGAACGCAAACAAGCCAAUAGUCUCUUGAACUGGAGGACCCUUAGGGCUCAAAGGGCAGCUGAGAGAUUCGCUCGGCCGAAGGAAAAUGUGAAAAGCAGCGACCCGGAAUUAAAUCUAGUUGUUAAAGGUGAUGUAGACGGCUCAGUGGAGGCCAUCUUGGAUGCCUUAGCAACGUAUGAUUGUCAGCAUCAAUGCAAGAUGGAGGUGCUGAGCUAUGGUGUAGGAGUCAUCUCGGACAAGGAGGUGGAGCUGGCAGACACAUUCUCAGGUAUAGUGAUUGGUUUUAACGUCACAGCCAGCCCAGAGGCAGAAACACUGGCACAAGAAAGAGGAGUACCCAUGAAGAUGCACUCAGUGAUCUACAAGAUGCUGGAUGACAUCAAAGAAGAACUCAGCGGUAGACUUCCUCCCAAGGAGGAACAUGAUAUCAAAGGUGAAGCGACAAUUAUUCAAGAGUUUGACAUCACUGUGGGCAAACGGAAGGUCCCCAUCGCAGGCUGCAAGGUUAACAGCGGAUCUCUUCACGCUAACAAACUCUUUAAACUCAUCCGUAAUAAUGACACACUUCAUGAAGGUCCUCUCGCUUCACUCAAACACCUGAAAGAGGACGUGACUUCCGUCAACAAAGGCAUGGAAUGUGGAAUGAGGUUCCAGGAGCAUCUGGAGUACAGACCCGGAGAUACAAUAGAAUGCUAUGAGAUCAAACACGUACCCCAGACUAUUGACUGGCAAUUGGGAUUCUAAAGACCAGGGCCCAAUUUCAUAGCAAUUGAGUGGAGGUUGUGAAAGUUUGUCUUUCAUACCCAGCAGUGGGUGUGGGAAUUCCCCUCGUUACUUUCUUUUCCCCAUAAAUUUGCCCCUUCCAUUCCCACCUUAUUUUUGGAUUCUCAUAAUUGAGUUUAACCCCAAACCAUUGCACCCAGCUACCCAGCUCAAGAAUCUAUAGUCGGCCAAUGUGGUGGGUCUAUGCUUUUUAAGCAGUACAAAAAUACAUUGAAGAUAAAUGUGGAAGUAAUACAAUCUUAAGAGGGUUAUGCUGCAUUAUGAUUUCUAUUUGGAGGUUACUUGUGCCCAAAGGUUUAUUUUACUGGCUCUAAUUGAGGUUUUGCAAAUUUUUAAAGAUAAUUAUUUAUAAUGUUAAAUAUGUCAAGAUGUCUUUUCCAUUCUGUGUUGUUUUUAUCAAAUGAAAUAAAGCAUUGAAAUAUGGAUAUGAAUUGCAAAUCUUCCCAAUAAUUUUAUGUUUGGCUCAUGAACAUUUUGAAGAAAUAAGGAAUUGUCUAAAAGUUUUGUUCACAAAUUCAAACAAUGUGUUGUUACCUUGAAUUCAACAGGACAUCGUUUCAACAAAAUCACAAACUAACAAGGCACAGUGUUCCACUAUGCACAAGACUUGAUCAAUAUGUAGGUACUUGUCAUCUUCGUUGAGGUUUUUAUGGCAAAAAUUAAUUUGUCAAUUAGUUACAUGCCAAACCAAAAUUAGUUUGGCUUUGCAAUACUUGGUCAAAGAGAAUCAAACAAAACAUUGAGAUACAUGGUUUGUUAAUUAAUAGGGUCAAUCAGUUAUAAGCUUUCACCCCUGCUGUCUUCAAGUUCAAAUCCAUCAAAUCACAGCCCAAGAUAUAAUUUUGAUUCGAUACUGAACAGCAUCACCAAUCCAAAUUAAUGUAUGCAGCUGUUGCUAAGGGUGUUGCUAUGGACAUCCUCGACUUCAAGGCAGUGGCACAACCAGACAGCUUCAUUUGGUGGCGAACAGACAUAAUUUAGGGGGAGGGGGAUCCUCUGUUCAAUGUAUUGAACCAUUGAUUUGUGCAUUUUUUCCGAGGGGGGGGGCGGCCACAGCUAAUUCAGACACGGCCUUGGGACUUAAAACGCACACCAAACUUCUCAAGUCCAAGCUUUUGGGUAUUUAAUCCAGUGUUGUCCAGAGGGGUGUUUGGGUGUCUUUUGGACACCUGGGUUCAAAACACCCCGUUUGUUUGUUAUUUGAUGUAUUGUAAGUGAUCAAUUUGGACAACCAGUUUUUUACAGUUUCCAGCAAAUUUUGAUACUCUCUUUUUAUACAAAAUUCUGGCUAAAACCUGGAUUCAAUCCCCAGCAAACUGGAGGACCCUAUCAGAAUACUUAAACCACAACAAAAGACAGACUGAGAAUUUUGUAUUUAUAAUUCUACAUGACAAGCUUUUGUCAGAUUUAUUGUGAAACGUUAAACCCCCAUGAUCGACACACCUGCUUCAGUUUUAAAAAUCAAU